UCAUCAAACAAUUUUAAAGGAGAAUCAGUUCCCUGUAAGUGUGGGUUUUAGAGAGAGAGAGAGCGCGAGUGAGAGAAAUUUUUACAGAGAGAGAGAGAGGGGACCUGCUAGUGUGGCAGGAGGACCAGGCUCCAUUUGUACGGAGACGCCCACUCUGUCCGAUUCCCAUGGCGAUACCAUUGCUCAUCAUCUCUCAUCUCAACUCUCUCGACACAGGUAUUUUCAAAUUCAGUUCUCUCUCAUCGUUCUCUCUCUCUCUCUACCUCUACAGUGAUCAGCAAAAACUUGAAGGUUCGUGAGCACUGUGAAGAUUUACCAGGAGAUUGAACUCCUCUUUGUAUCAGAUAUGGGGCCAUCUGAUGGUAUGGAGAGCACAAAUAUUAGGAACAGGGAGUUAAGGCAACAUCAGUUGAAUUAUGAGGAACAUAUAACUUACGAGAAUCCUUAUCACGUUUCAUCUGCUUGCCCUCAAGUUAUUGAUCCCGGGAAAAACUUGGCCUCAAAUGAUUCUACACUAUCACCUUGUAAAAGAUUAAAUUCGUCUACACCCAGAUCACACUCAUAUUUUGGCCUUCAACCCUUGGUUACUGAUGCUUGGGACGCUUUGAAGAAGUCCCUUGUUUACUAUUGUGGACAAUCGGUUGGUACAAUUUCGGCAUUGGACCAUUCAGCUGAUUCUCUGAACUAUGAUCAGGUGUUCAUGAGGGAUUUUAUUCCUAGUGCUAUGGCAUUCUUAAUGAAUGGUGAGCCAGACGUAGUUAAGAACUUCUUGUUAAGGACUCUUAAACUUCAGGCAUCGGAGAAACGCAUUGAUUGCUUCACACUUGCAAAAGGGGUAAUGCCUGCAAGCUUUAAAGUGAUGCAUGAUCCUGUAAGGAACAGUGAAACUAUGGUUGCAGAUUUUGGGGAAACUGCAAUUGGAAGAGUUGCUCCUGUGGACUCUGGGUUUUGGUGGAUUAUCCUAUUGAGAGCCUACACAAAGUCUACUGGGGAUUAUUCACUAGCAGAGAUGCCUGAUUGCCAGCGUGGCAUGCGGUUAAUAUUGUCGCUAUGCCUUUCAGAGGGAUUUGACACAUUUCCAACUCUUCUUUGUGCAGAUGGGUGCUGCAUGGUUGAUCGUAGAAUGGGUAUUUAUGGCUACCCAAUUGAGAUUCAAAGCUUGUUUUUCAUGGCGUUGAGGUGUGCACGUCAACUUCUCACAGUGGAAGACGGGGGAAAAGAGUUCCUAGAAAUGAUUGGCAAAAGAUUGCACGCCCUGCACUAUCAUAUACGCAGCUACUUCUGGUUGGAUUUCCAUCAAUUGAACAAUAUAUAUCGAUAUAAGACAGAGGAAUACUCGCAUACAGCUGUUAACAAAUUCAAUGUCAAUCCUGAAUCAAUACCAGAUUGGGUAUUUGAAUUUAUGCCAACUAAUGGAGGAUAUUUUAUAGGCAAUGUUAGUCCAGCAAGGAUGGACUUCAGGUGGUUUGCUUUGGGCAACUGCAUUGCAAUUUUGUCAUCUCUGGCAACUCCACAGCAAUCUAUAGCAAUAAUGGAUCUUAUUGAGGAGAGGUGGCAGGAUCUAGUUGGUGAAAUGCCUCUCAAAGUCUCUUAUCCUGCUAUUGACGGUCAUGAGUGGAGGAUAGUAACUGGUUGCGAUCCCAAAAACACCAGAUGGAGCUACCAUAAUGGUGGUUCAUGGCCUGUUCUGUUGUGGCUACUCACAGCAGCCUGCAUAAAAAUCGGGAGGCCCCAAAUAGCAAGAAGGGCUCUAGAUCUAGCAGAAACUAGGCUUGCUAAAGAUGGCUGGCCAGAAUAUUAUGAUGGCAAGAAUGGUUGUUAUGUAGGUAAACAAGCUCGAAAGCAGCAAACAUGGUCGAUAGCUGGUUAUUUGGUCGCUAAAAUGAUGCUUGAAGACCCUUCACAUGUUGGGAUAAUUGCGCUCGAAGAGGACCAGAAGCUGAAGCCUUUCCUCACUCGAUGCAGCACAUGGGCCUAGACCUAUUAAGUUGUAGGCCUUCUCUCUCUUGUCAGGAUCCUGUGAUUGAAAGUUCUCCUGCUUGAGUGUAAGUUCUCCUGCUAUUUGAUGGUCUGAAGAUGCAAUUUUGGGUUAUUGUUUCCUGGUCUUUCUCAAUUGUGUUCGAACUCCUCUCUUCUUGUCUUUCUAUAUGAUUGCGUUCUAACUCCUC